CGGGCGGGAAGCGGAGCCGGAGCGGGCGGACCCUCCCCUGAGCCGGAUCUGGGGCCGCGCCCCCCUCUCGCCCCCGGGAUGGCCUCGCUGGGCAGCAGCUCCCAGGUGGUCACCGAGUACGUGGUCAGGGUGCCCAAGAACACCCCAAAGCGCUACAACAUCAUGGCCUUCAACAGCGCCGACAGAGUGACCCUGAGCACCUGGGCACAGGCGCGGAUGGAGCGGGACAUGAGCAACAAGCGCAUCUACGCCGAGGAGGAGCUGCCCGAGUCCGGCGCCGGCAGCGAGUUCCACCGCAAGCUGCGCGAGGAGGCGCGGAGGAAGAAAUACGGGAUCGUCCUGCGGGAAUUCCGGGCCGAGGACCAGCCCUGGCUGCUGCGCGUCAACGGCAAAACCGGCAGGAAGUUCCGGGGGGUGAAGAAGGGCGGGGUGACAGAAAACGCCUCCUACUACGUGUUCACCCAGUGCCCCGACGGCGCCUUCGAGGCCUUCCCGGUGCGGAACUGGUACAACUUCACCCCCCUGGCCCGGCACCGCACCCUGACGGCCGAGGAGGCCGAGGAGGAGUGGGAGAGGAGGAACAAGGUGCUGAACCACUUCAGCAUCAUGCAGCAGCGGCGCCUGCGGGACCAGGACGAGGAGGAGGAGGACAAAGACAAGGGGAGGAAGGCCCCGGGCAAGGGCGGGGGGCUCCGGAUCCACGACCUGGAGGAGGAUCUGGAGCUCAGCUCCGAGGAGAGCGAGGGCAGCGAGGCUGAGGGGGAGAAGGCGGCGAGGCCGAAGGCUGCCGGGGGACACCCCAAGAGGAAGAGGAGGAAGGGCAGGAAGGGCUCUGAGGACGAAGCCCUCGAGGACAGCGACGACGGCGACUUCGAGGGCCAGGAGGUGGAUUACAUGUCUGACGGCUCCAGCAGCUCCGGCGAGGAAGAGACGGGCAAAGCCAAAGCGCCCAAGGAGGAGGAGGAAGGCCCAAAAGGCAUCGACGAGGCGAGCGAGAGCAGCGAGGAGAGCGAGGAGGAGAAGGCAGAGGAGAAGGAGGAGGAAGAGGAGGGAAAAGCGACCCCCACCCCCCAGGAGAAGAAGAAAAAGAGGGAAAGCAGCGAUGAGUCGCAGACGUCGGAGGAGAGCGACAUCGACAGCGAGACGUCCUCGGCGCUGUUCAUGGCGAAGAAGAAGACCCCCCCCAAACGGGAGCGCAGGGCCUCGGGCAGCAGCUCCAGGGGGGGCUCCCGGCCCGGGACCCCCACGGACUCGGGGGGCACCGGGGGGACCCUUCGGGCUGCGGCGGCCAGGCUGGAGCAAGGCCGCCGGCCGACCCCGGGGGGGUCGGAGCCCCCUCCCCAGAAGCGGCUGAAGGCGGAGCUGGGGCCCCCCUCGGGCAAAUCCACGCCCCAGCCCCACUCCGGGAAGUCGACCCCGAGCAGCGGGGAGGUGCAGCUGACGGAGGAGGCCGUGCGCCGGUACCUGUCCCGAAAGCCCAUGACCACCAAGGACCUGCUCAAGAAGUUCCAGACCAAGCGCACGGGGCUGAGCAGCGACGCCACCGUCAACGCCCUGGCGCAGCUGCUGAAGCGCCUGGACCCCGAGCGCAAACUCAUCGCAGACAAGAUGCACUUCUUCCUCAAGGAGUAGGGACCCCCGAGCCAGGGGACCCCUGAGCCAUGGGACCCCUGAGCCACGGGACCCCCGAGCCAUGGGACCCCUGAGCCAGGGGACCCCUGAGCCAUGGGACCCCUGAGCCAUGGGACCCCCGAGCCACAGGAACCCCGACCCACAGGACCCCCAAGCUACAAGACCCCCCCGAGCCAGGGGACCCCUGAGCCAUGGGACCCCUGAGCCAGGGGACCCCUGAGCCAUG